AUGAUAAUUUAUUUUAAUUUAUAUUCGAUAAAUUACAAAAAGGAGCAAAAUAAUAAUACAUCAACAUCAGUUCCAUCUCCUCCUCCGCUACCAUCAUCAUCAAAUGGAAUUUAUGAACAACGUUUAUAUGAUUUAAAACAUUUAAUUGUUGAAAAAUUAUUAGAUAAUCUUGAUGAAUAUUUAUUAAAUAACUCAAUACUAAAUGGUUUAAAUUCUAUAGAUUAUUUACAAUUAUUAUUAACAUUAACUAUUGACUUUGCUUCGAAAUCCGAAGAAGAUAAUCAACAAUUUGUUCGUUAUAUAAGUAUUCAAUGUUGUUUAAAUUGGCAAAAAAUUUAUAAAAGUGAUUCAUUAGUACCAUUUAUUCUUCAAUUCUUAAUUAAUUCAAUAUCAUCAUCAACAACAACAUCAAAUCAUACAUUAAAAACAAGUAAAUGA